AGCAUAUAGUGUGUGCAUAACGUGAAUUCCUCUGCCUUGUGUCGCAGCUUCUGGAAACAAUAGCGCUGUAAUUAAGCAAAGGCCCCAUCGCGCAGGCGACCAAUCAGGCGGCGGAAAGGAGGCUGCUCCCGGACCGGGUGCCGGCUUGGCAGUCACACGGGACACCGAGCCCCGGUCGGCCGCAGCUCAGCCCCGUGGCGCCGGUGACACCUCUGACAGGCGAGCGGACCGGUUCCAGACUUCACCGCCGCGUCUCUUCUCAGCAAGAUGGCUGAAGUGGAGUUGGUGAAAAGGACGCUGCAGGCCAUCGUCCAGGCCAACAGAGGUGGCGUGUCCCUGUCCCGCCUGCAGUCGGAGUACAAGGAGCUGACUGGAGAGCAGAUCCCACACCAGCAGAUGGGACACAACCAGCUGGAGGGCCUGUUAGCCAACACGUCCUCCGUUCGCAUGGAGAGGAGAGGCUCCGGAGAGAUGGUUUAUUUUUCCUCUGGAGCCAGGGAGGCCGCGCAUACAGCCAAGAUGGUGGCCCGACAGCGAAGCUCCAAGAAAAAAGGCCGCCAGCACACGGUUAACACCCAGAUGAGAGUUAAACCAGCUGUCCCUCUAGUCCUUAACGCUAAGCCCCAAACCUCUCUGAGGCAGCCAAACCACCGAGGUCGAGGCAGAGGAAGAGGAGGAGGAGGAGGCGGCGGCCGCGGGGCUGGACAUGGAGACUUCAGACAGAUUAGAGACUUGAGGGAUGGCCUUUCAGAGGGCAGGACUGGAGGGCAUCCCAUCAAACUCUCCAAUCACAACCCAGCCAACAACAGAGGGAACCUCCCUGCAGACAAACCAGACAAGAGGAUGACCCUCCCGACGCGGUUUCAGAAGGAGGUGCACACUCACCUUUCCAGAAAUCCACAACAGACUGGUCCUCCACUGAAUCUAAACGAGAGUGCUGGCUCGGGCAAAGGGAAGCCCUACGACCCCCAGCAGGUCCAGAGUCACAUCAGAGAGAUUCUGGCCAAGUACAGCAAUGGCUUCUGGGUGUCAAAACUGCCUCAGAUGUACAGAGAGCUGUACAAACAGGACCUGCCCUCAGAGGCCAUCAAGGACCUGGAGAGCUGGACCCACAUAUGCAUCGUGGAGAAAACCUGCAGCAGCAACUCGUCGGAGCUGCUCCUCUACCCCGCCAAGGAGCAGACCAACGCCUCCAUUCCCUCGCAGGCCCUUAACUCGAGCUCCAGCACCUCCCCAGCUCUAACUUCCCCCGCCCAGAAGAGGCCCCCCAGCAAUCGCCUGGCUCGCUCUGGCUCCCAGUCCCCUCAGUCCGUGCCAUCUUCCUCUUCCUCUCCCAGCCCGCCUUCCUCCCCUGCAGCCCUCAGCCCCGAUCUGAAGCAGAAGCUGGAGGAGCUGCUGGUGAAGUACUCCAGCGGCCUGUGGGCCCAUGCGCUGCCCAAGCUCUUCCAGGACACCUACAAAACUAAGCUGCCCGGACAUGUGCUGGAGAACCUUGACCUGCUCGCUGACAUUUGCACCGUCAACUACCCGAUGCCCGACAACCCUAAGAGGGCCAUCCUGUACAGGCGGAGCAGCGCCGGGGGCGGGGAGGAUGAGAACUGCAACCGGAGGAGCUCGUCCGCCAGCGAAGAGGAGCUGAAGCUGAGGACUGAGCUGGGAAGGAGGCUCAGUAACCAUGAAGUGCCUCCUCUGCAGAUCCCCAAAGAGGAGUAUCCCUCCGUUCUGGUGAUGGAGGCCACCAACACCAACAAAGUUAUACUGAGGUACAUUGGCGAGGGUUACUCAAUGGCGCAGGACUCCCUGGAGGACGAGAUGAGGGUGUUUUAUGGGUUAGACCAAAGCCGACAGGCGCCUCUAUCUUCUCCAUCCUCGGGUCAACUAGUAGCAGUCCGGGGUGAGGAGGAGGAGGAGAUCCUGAGGGCACAAGUAUGUGAGGUCAUGUCUGAUAAAGUCAAGGUAUAUUAUGUGGAUCACGGCUUCUCAGAGGUGAUCAAUCAAACCAAAGUGUUGGAGCUGCAUGAGAAGUUUUUCAAGCUGCCUUUCCAGGCGACCAAGUGUAAACUAGCCGGCCUGGAGCCGUUCUGUCAAGAGCCCGCGGUGCUGAAGAAGUUUGAGACGAUGGCGAGUGGGAGGAUCCUCCUGGCUGAGCUCUUAGAAAGGGGUCCCACACCGCUGGUGGUCCUGUACGACACCUCCCAGGACGACGACGUGAACAUCAACGCCGCCUGCUUGAAAGCCCUACAGGACAAGACACUAGCAAGUCCGCUGCAGUUGAACAGUGCCUAUAUGAACGUGACCGUCAGCAGCGUUUGCUCCGACGGGACCAUCUACUGCCAGCUGCCCUCCAGAGGACUCGCCAAGCUGAACGAGAUGCUGGAGAAAAUAGAAAGUUACUUCCACUCGCAGGUGACGUCAGAGUUUCUGGUAUCCAGACCCUUUUGUGGGAAGGCAUGUCUGGCUCGCUACAAAGGCAAAUGGUCUCGUGUUGAGAUCACCAACCUGCACGGCAGCAGAGUGCUGGACAUCCUGUUCGUGGAUGUGGGCGUCCAGGCCUCCGUGGAGGUGUUCGAGCUCAGAGAGAUCCCGCCGCUGUUCCUCCGUGACCUCGUGUCCAUCCCGCCUCAGGCUGUGAAGUGCUGCCUAGCAGACCUGGCCGUCAGCGUGGGAUCCUGGUCUCCAGAUGCUGUCCAGUGGCUCCGAGACAAAGUGCUGAAUGCCUCAGACUGCAGCAUGAAGGUGGCCAAAGUAGAUGAAGGGAAGCGCUGCGUCUACGUCCACUUGUUCCCUGACAAGAACUUCCACGACCCGACCCGCAGCCUCAACCACCAGAUGGCCCAGUCCGACCUGUUCAAACAGCAGCCAGAUGUCUUCCUGACCAGCCACAGCCCAACCAAGAUCUCCACAAACCCGUUUUCCUCCAAGACGUCCAGCAGCAGCAGCGACUCCACCAGCGGGAGUCCAACAUCGGCUGCUGUCCCAGCCAAGCCUCACCCCAGGAGGGCGCUGCCAGGACCUAAAGGAGGAGGAGGAGGAGGAGGAGGGAACAUGGAUCCUGGAUCACCAUCCUCACCUUCAUCCUUCCUGCAGCUGCCGCCGCUUCUUGAACUCCCCCCUGCUGGACAGAACAUGGAUGUGUACGUGUCCGUGGCGUGUCACCCGGGACACUUUGUGCUGCAGCCUUGGCGAGACAUGUAUAAACUGGUGGUGCUGAUGGGAGAAAUGAUACUUUACUACAACAAAACCGAGGAGAGGCCCCUCAAAGUGGAGAAGAAUCUGAUUUAUGCUGCUAAAAUCGAGAACAACUGGCACCGUGUGCUAGUGAAGGGGGUCCUGACCAACGGGCUGGUCUCUGUGUACGAGCUGGACUACGGCAAACACGAGCUGGUCAGCUGCAGUCAGCUCCGAACGCUGAUAAAGGAGUUCAGGCAGCUGCCGUUCCAGGGGAUCCACGCCCAGCUGGCUGGAGUGAAGCAGCGGCAGUGGUCAGAGGAGGCCUCCAUCGUCUUCAGGAACCACGUGGAGAAGAAGCCUCUGGUGGCCCAGCUGGAGGCCGUGCAGGAAGCCGCGACGCCGUGGGACAGGAAGCUGACGGUCUUCCUGGUGGACACCUCGCAGGAGGAGAGAGACAUCUGGGUGCACGACAUCAUGGCCGAGUUCGCCGACGAGCCGAGCAACGAGCUGUAG